UUAGUGACUUUAAAAAAGCUUCUGUCUUUCUGAAAAGAUACUUGCAAGUUGGUUUUAUCUUAUUUCAGGAAUACUAAGAUAUUUGCCCUAAAAUAUAAAGCAAAAAUAGUUGGUGAGAUAUUGUUUUUUGCAGCAAGCUAAUAUUAUAGCUAAACAACAAUAGAAGAAAAAGAGGCAUCUAUUUUUUUUUUGGCUUUAAACAAAGGCCCCUUACCCCUCCAUUUUGCAAUUUUGGCAUGUUUUAAGCUUCGGCUAGAAGAUAGGAAGUGCGUUUCAUUAAUGCAUUCUGUCACUAAUCCCUGUCUGUUGGCCUAGUUUCUCUCCAUUCCACCUGCUGUACGGCUGCAGGGGUUUGGAGCCUAUAGCAAACAGCAGGGUGCACAAACCGCUGGGAUAAUAGUUGGAGACAAACAACCCUUCAGCUUCUCAUCCAGGGUUAUGAGUAAUUUACCUUGAUUUGAAUGGGCCUUAAGCAUAUAAGCCUUUGUUUUCCCACAUAGUCAUCCUUUCAUGUUGAAGUAUAUGGUGAUUCUGUGCUAUUGCUGACUUCUUCUUUAUGUGGGAGUGGUAAGGAAAGGGCCAGUGCGGCAUGUUGGAUCUGGUAUCAGCGUUUCCACAGCAACACGUAUUAAAUUGCACUAUAGUCCAUCACAGCUGGACUUUAGACAGGUGGAGGCACAGGUGACGUUAGUAACUGAGCGCACUCUUCUUCCAGGAAGGAAGCGCAACAGCUUUAGAAAUGGCUAAGUUCUUUACACCAGCUCAAAUCAGCGAGUUCAAAGAAUGCUUCUCCUUGUACGACAAAAAGCAGAAGGGUAAAAUCGAGUCAAAAGAUCUGAUAACAGUUAUGCGCUGCCUGGGAACAAGCCCCACGCUUGGCGAAAUAGACAGGCAUCUUCAAGUCCAAAAAAUCGGAAAGACAGGCGAAGUAGACUUCUCUACCUUCCUGAUCAUGAUGCACAGGCAGAUGCAGCAGGAAGACCCGAAGAAUGAAAUCCUGGAGGCCUUUAGGAUGACGGACAAGCAGAAGAAAGGACAGAUCCAGGCAGCUGAGCUACGGGCCAAGCUGACCACCUUAGGAGAGAAACUCACAAACAAAGAAGUGGACGACCUCUUCAAAGAAGCAAACAUCAAGUCAAAUGGCAUCAUUAACUAUGAAGCAUUUACUCAAAUGGUGACACUUCCACCAGUCGAUUAUUGACGAUUUCAGGUAAAAAAAAAAAAAAAAGUGGUUUAAAUUGAACUGGAGACACAAUAAACUUGAGUUUUGCAACUUGUGGAAA